AACAGAUUGCUGGCAGUGUACUUACACUGGCAGCCCAACUAAAAUUAACCAAAUUUUAGUUGCAGAUCUGAUUACAAAUAUUACAUUUCAAGUCUUUCAUGGAUGAGUAGAUAUAGGCACUGGCUUUACAGCAUUCUCACUUGUCUCUUCGAGUCCUGUCAUUCUCCUUGAAUGUUGAGAAUGCUAGAUGAUGGAGAUCUCAUCAUUUGGAUCUUGCCAGAAUUGUUUUUCUCUAGAUGAAGUAGAUGUCAGUGAGGAUAGAAGUCUCCAGCCAUAGGAUGUCAUGCGAUCACAUCAGAGAGACAUGUCCCAUAAAAGCAGAAGUUCAUUGGAAGGAAUUUCACGUGACAGUCUUGACUGUAUAAAGCGAUCAGCGGUAUAACAAAACCAUCAGACUGGAAGCAGCUUCUGUCCUGCAGAGUCGGAUCAAUUCUGAAGGAUGUUACCAACAAUUUGGACAUCUCACUGGAGGAUGAAAGAAAAAUGUCAAUACAAAUCAAAAAGCCCAAGAGCGGGGACGCUGAUUGAAGCAUCAAAGUCCUGCGAAGUCAAGGACGAACUGACAUAUUCACUUCCUUUCUCUAUCACAAUUGUAAAAAGGCGGGCGACUGGAGAUACAGAAAAAAGUUUUUUUUGUGCUGAAUGAAUGGGAUAACAAAGCACUAAGAUGGAAAUGAUACAAACCAAACAAUCUAUCGUAUCUCAAUGGUUCAAGUAUUUGGCAAGCUUGUGGUUAAGGAAACUCCAUUGAAUGGGAUCAUAGAUUUAUAAAGGGAGACUUCACAAAUCGUUAGCUCCCCUGCUUUGGAACUUGUUUCCCAUUCUCUCAAAAAAGCCUCAUCGUCCCAAAGCAUCGCUGAAAGUUGAAGACAUGCAUCCGGUUGUGAUCAGUUGCCUCGGGAUGUUGAUGAGCGUCCUCAAGAUUGAUGGGUUCAAGGCGUGUCCCCAACGCUGCUCCUGUUACGAUGCCUCGCAUUUCGUGGACUGUAAAGGGCGUUCUCUGAGCCACAUUCCCAGGGAUAUUCCGCACAGCACCUGGAUGUUAGACACCGGUACCAACAGCCUGAGGGAAAUUCCCAGCCGUGCUUUCCACGGCCUCUGGGGCCUGAGGAUCAUCCUGCUGCCUCACAAUCAAAUCGAGCACAUCCACCGGGGAGCUUUUCAAUCUCUGUCCUUCCUGGAAAGGUUGGAUCUGAAUCAGAACCACAUACAGCACUUGGCUGCGGACUUUUCGGACGGUUUACAGCGCUUGCUGGAACUGCGGUUGUCCAACAACUGGCUCGAGUACAUCCACUACAACAGCAUGAAGUCUUUCGAGCAUUUGGAGAAAUUAGACUUAAGUGGGAACAGAAUCACUUCCAUGGCAACAGGAGUUUUCAGGGGUUUGUAUAAACUCCGCCACCUGUUGUUGAAAAACAACAGGCUGCAUAUCAUUGAGGUUGGAUACUUCUUUAUGCUUCACAGCCUGGAAGCACUGCACUUGGAAAACAACAACAUUGCAAGCAUCGAAGGGGAGGCCUUCGCUUCCCUGCACAGCCUGAUCCUCCUCUGUCUAAAUGGAAACCACUUAAGCCACAUCAAGUUCAAAACCUUCUUGAACAUCCAGACCCAGGGCACUCACCUGCAACUUGCGGAUAACCGCUGGGUUUGCAACUGUGACCUUCAGAGGGAGUUUGGGAAGAUCUCCAGUAUUCGCCAUCUGCAUGUGGACGAUUACGGCAACAUCAGCUGUUCAGAGCCCGGGCAGCUCCGAGGUGACCUGCUGAUGACUGUAGACUCGCAGCUCUGUAUCGCUGAGACUGCCACUGUGCUGAUGAUAACUGGGACAGUGCUGGUGACAGUCAUCGCUGCCAUUGUCAUGGCCGAGAGAAACCGCAAGAAAAGCAGCAACAAGAACUGGAACGACAGUGAGGGGCCCUUGGAUUCCCAGGAGAAGUGAUGUUCUCUCCCCCCCUCCCCCGCUCCCCCCAAUCGUCUAAUUCAGAAGGCAGUUUCUACUGCCCACCAGAUCCUAAUAGCAUCGACUUAAUGUGGGAUAACGCAAAAUAAAGCAAAGCCUUUCUCAAAUAUGCUUAUGAAAUAUUGAAAUCGCCACUUUGAGCAAACAUCGCCAACACUUCGCAGCAAAUGUUCACGUGGUUCUUUCACCUGUUGACACUAGGGCAAAUAAUAAUGGGAACUUUUGGAGAUGAGUUUGAUCCUUAUUGUUUUACCUUUAACGGGGAUAGACUUUACUUGGGGUCAAAGGGCUAUUUUGUUCGAAAAAGCUGUCAUAGAUCAAGCAGUCGGAGAGAGAGUAAUGGAGAAGGCCAUUGUGCCUGUGAGGCUCAUCAAAACCAGGCGCAGGCCAUUCAACCCUCGAUCAUCUUCAAUAUAAUCAUGGCUGAUCUCAUCUCUGCUUCAACCCCACUUUCAUGCCCACUCUCCUUAAACCUGUUACUAAUGAAAAAUAUGUCUGUACUUUCCUUAAAUUUACUCAGUAUCCGGCAUCUUCUGCACUCUGCCUGGUGAAUUCCAUUGAUUCCCUGUAAAACAAUCCAGUCACUCUCAAUUCUUCACUCUUAACCUCAGAAUUCAUUUCCUUCAAGUGCCCAUUCAUAUUGCUUAGAGUAAUUGAUUAACUUGGUUUCCACCAUUCUCAUGCACAGUAAGCCCUAGGUCAUUACUAAUCACUGCAAAAAAACCCCAUCCUCACUCCAUCCCUGAUCACAAAUAUUAAAUUUAGAUACAAUUUAUCCAAGAUAUAAGUUAGCUGAUACUUUUUUAAUUUUCCAAUUUUCUUCCCACUGCUUUCUUACAAUUUUAUAGAGAAUGAAAACAGGCAGUUGAUUCAUCUACUGCUAUUGAGCACCUUCAUGCAGUUUGGGCACUACUGCUCUGGAGUGGAGUCCCUUUGCCUGGGUGGUAUAGGCAACUUAACAAGAUAACUAAAAUAUACAAGAAAAGUUCAAUGGACUACGUGUACAAGGUGAAAUGAUCAAGUCAGAGUUAUAUUCACUUAAGAUGAAUAGUUACUUAGUCAGAGUUGUGAGUUACAUUGCAAGUUCUGCAUCACUUGUAAAGCAAGGAACAUUCAGCACUUUAUAUUUCUAGGUAUAAGCACAUUGCAGAGUCUUGUUCGACAACGUCAACAUCUCAUUAAAUCUAUAUUUUUAGCAAAGAGUUAGCUCUCUGCUAAUGCAAAAUUGUUGCAGAUGAAUUUUAGCAAGUUUCCAUCAAUUGUUUUUCUUUAAAAAGUUUUCAAAUUCACUUUUUACUGUAGAUGUGAAGUUUAAGUAACAGAAGAGUGUGUUCUUGGGCUAUGCAUACCCAUUAUUAACAAUGGAAGCAUCACCAAUUCACCCAAAACUGUACAUGUUUUACUUAAAUUCAAAUUUGAAACUGCUUUGCAUAUCAUUUGUACAGUACUUCAUGGACACUUGAAAAUACACCAAUUUAAAAAAAAAGUUUUGAUGCAUUGUUACUGGUUCAUAAAAGCUUUACCAUUGAUACUUCUUAAAUCAUAAAACUAAUCUAUGAUUUAUUUAGAAGUGAGUUUAACAUAAAGAAAACAAAAUGAUCAAAAUCAUUCUUAAAAAUUACUCGUAUACUGCAAUUUACAUAAUACCACAUGGCCUCUUGGUCCAUUGGACCAAAGUUGUGGUUUUGAUUUUUAUGUUUAAUGAGAGAUAUUAGCAUCGUUGAUCAGACAGGUAUCAGGGAUCACUUAGUGGGAUCAUAAUUUACUGAGAUCAAUAUUCAGUGAUGCUUCAUUUAAAAGUUUUCCCAUGAUGGCCAUGGUGAAGUACAGAACCAUUUAGAAAAUGUCAAAUGAUCACACCUGUUGCAGCAGAAGCAGCAACAGUACUGCACAGUUCCAGAUUGUUGUAAUACGGAUCCUUCCAUGUCCUCCAUUUUCUUGCAAUCUUAAAGAAGACUUCAAGUAUGUUUUCCUCAACAAAUGUUAAUUGAAAAGAGCCCUCAAUUAGAAGAAGCAAAUUAUGUACUCUUUCCCAGCGUUUUGCACUUCAAUAAUUUCAACAUUUUCCAACUUCUUGCUGCCCUAGACCAUUCCUGCACUUGGCUCUGUUCCAAAUGCAGUACAGUAAUAGCAAAGGCAGUGCUAAGAAAUUGAUGCAAAUAAAAUUCUCUAUAAUUGGGCAAUUAUGGUAGCUAAAUUCUCAUUAGUUUAAUCGAUAUAGGAUAUCAUGGUGAUAGUUUGGUUUAUCACACUUCUUUUCAAAAAGCCCCAGUAUAGCCCUGUACUCCUGUACCAAAAUAUUUUUGCUGUCCCUUUAUUUGGAGGAUUAUUUAAUUGGCCUAGUCAACUCAGGAGGUCAUGAUGACCAUUUUGGUAUAUCACAUUCCACAUCAGAAAGCUCCAGCAGGGUUCCACAAGUAAAUAUGCUUCACACACCCACACACAACUUGUCCAUUUAUAGCAGAUUGAAUCUUGAUUCUUUUUUAAAUGAUAAAACACAGUUUUUAAUUUAAUCCAGAUCCUUUGACCUAAUCAACAGGAUUAGUUUAAAUAUUUUCUUUUUAAGUAAUCACUAAUACCUUCAUGCUAUUUAAUCUUAAUUUAUUUCUUCAAUAUUUGGUUCACAAUUAACAUUUUGAUUUUAUCCUUAGUGAGUAAAUUAUCUUAACAUAUUCUUUGGAAAAAAAGAAGUAAUUACUGAAGAUCCCAUCUCGAACAUAAAUAGUCCACUCAUCUCAAUUAAGCAAGUAAGAUACUAGUGUAUUCACAAAAAAAUGUACAAGAGUGUGUACAAAGUCAUCACUGCAAUUUAUUAUUUGAGUUAUUGCAAAAUACAGCAAUAUACUUAAACAUAUAACAGGAAUAUUACCAUCCAACCAUAAAUAGCACUAUCACCAGUAUUAAACAACCCCCCCAACACCAGCAAAUGACAAUAACUAAACAAGUUACAUCAGUCCCUUGACCUAAUAUGCUCCUGGUGCAGUAGCUUGAUUGUUGAUGCAUUUAAGAUGCAUAGGAAAUGAUGCAUUCAUGAAAUAUCUGUGACUGAGCACCUGAGUAUACAAUGACUGAAUUAAAUAUUCAUAUGUUUGUUCUUUAUCAUAAAAUCUAUUCAUAAAAUGUGUGAAUGUAUGCAUUAUAUAAAAUUGCUUCAUAAAACACAUCCAUGAAUUUAUACCUCUAUUAUUUUAUGAAAAGAGUCUAUGAAUGUACAUUUAUACCCAUAUCAGUUUUAUAAAAUGUAUGCAAAUAUACAGCUGGAUUAGGUAAUACAAAUGAUGCAGUAAAUGUGAGAUGUAUAUAAACAAUGGAAAAUGUGUAGACAGUAUAUCAAGGAAAUCAUCCUAUAGCUUUUCUAGCAAUUGUUUUCAAAUACAUUACGUUAGUGUUCAUUUGUCUCUUCAUCCAACAGUUACAGUUCAUAUUUAGUUAGUGACUAUUGCAGGUCAUUAAUGAAGUGUGGCUUCAAUGUCAAAAACUAUAACAUAAAAUGUACUCUGCACAGAUUUAAAACAGGCUGCUGUUUUGGUUAAAAGAAUAACACAUAUCAAUUACUCAAGAUAUUGAUUGACCAAGAGCCAUAUUGAACCAUUGCUGUCAAAUGAUUUGAUUCUACUUUAGAAAGUCAUGUUUAUUGAACUGACAGUGUUUGGUAUAAUUUAGUUUUGAAGAGAACAUUUAAAGCUAAUAGAACAAUGAUAAGUCGAUUAAAAACUGGGAUUAUGUAUCAUAAUGACAGAGUUUGGUACAUUAUACAAUCUCAGGUGGACUACUGGGUGGAAUAUUGACUGAAAAUGAAGCAUUCUUUGGCGAACAAGAGAAAAUAAUAUUCAUUUGAAAUUUCAAUUUUUGUCAGGUGAACAUCACUUCCCAGUCAGGUUAGGGCAAUGAUGAUGAAUAUUUUGAAAAGUUUUCUCGACAAGCUCUCAGUUAUCAAUUACAGAGUAGCGAAAGAAAAAGGGAAAUUGAUAUUUUAUGGAAAUGCUGCUAUUAAAAACUCAACUAAUGAUAUGCAGCUUUGGGUAACAGUGAACAGAUGGGUAAAGACAGUACGCAAAAACAAAGUUGCUGGGAAAGCCCAGCAGUUCUGGCAGCAUCUGUGAAGGAAAAAACAGAGUUAACAUUUCAGUCUGGUGACCCUUCCUCAGAACCGAGUAAGACAGUGUUUAUUGGUUUUCUCACGGCACAUGAGAACAAGGGCAGCGCACUUGUGGUCUAAAUGGAAGGUCCACUACAGCAGAUUGGAUCCCUUGAGUUGUUACAUCCUUGACCAAUGUAAAAUGGCAAUUCAGAAUUGGCUGAGAGGCAGAAAGCAGAGGGUGAGAGUAGGGGGAUAUUUCUAUGACUGGAAAUCUCAUUUCAGUGGAGUUCCACAGGGCUCGGAGCUGUUGCCCUUCUAAUGGUGGUGCACAUUAAUAAUUUGGAGUUAAAGCUAGGGAGUAUGAUCAAGAAGUUUGUGGAUGACGCAAAAGUUGGAGGUGUGAUAAAUAGUGAGGAGGAUAGCCAUGAACAGCAGGCGAAUAGCAACAGGUUGCUCUGAUGGACAGAGCAAUGGAAGUGACAUUCAACCUGUGAGUGUGAGGUAAACAUUUUGGGAGUGCUAGAAAGGAAAGAAAUGACACUGUAAUGGUAGGAACCUAGAAAUUACGGAAGGUCAGAGGGACCUCGGUAUGCAUGUUCACAAAUCCCUGAAGGUAGCAGGGCAGGUAGAUAAUGUAGUUAAGAAGGCAGUUGGGAUAUUUGUGUCUAUUAGUUGAGGCACAGAAGGCAACAGUAAAGAGAAUAUAGUCAUGUAGCACAGUAGUAAUGAAUCAGGAGGCCCGGGUUCAAAUUCCACCUGUUCCAGAGGUUAUUAAUAACAUCUUUGAACUGAUUGAUUUAUUAAAAGAUUAUCGACAACAGCGGGGGUGGGGGCGGCGGGUUAAUGCUGUAACUGUAUGAAAUGCAAGGCAGGCCACAACAACAGCACUAUGUGCAAUUUUGGCCACCACAUUAUCGAAUGGAUGUGAUUGCACCAGAGAGGGUGCAUUAUAUUAUGAAGGGUAUAGACAAAAUGGAAGGCACUUCUUCCAUUAGUUGUGGGUUGAAUAACUAGGGGGCAUAAAUUUAAGGUAAGAAGUAGAAGACAAACAGGAGAGUUGAGGAGAAUUUUUUUCACCGAGUUCGGUAAUCUGGAAUCCACUGUCUGAAAGGGUGGAAGAGUCAGAAACCCUGAAAUUGUGAGCAGUAUUUAGCAGUAUUAUUCACUGAUGUUGACAGUGUCUCUCGGACUAUUAGCCAUGAGCUGGAAAACAGAAUUAGUGUUACAUCUUUGAAGUAGACACAAUGGGCUGAAUGCUUCCUUCUGUGCUGUAAAAGUCAGUCUAUUUUCACCACAAUUAGCAUAUUUGUAAUCAAAAUUGUUCAGUGUAAUUUUUUAUGAACCGAUUCUUAAAAAAUUUAUAUUUCUAAUGUUUAUGCCAAAAGGAACAAUAUAAAUUAAGAGGAAAAGCAGAUAAAAUGGCAUAAAAUUAGCACAGGUUUUGGAGUAUGGGAAAGAUAACAGUGAAGAGUCGCAAGGAGUACCAUAAGAAAGUUGGUAGCAAUUAUCAAAAUGAACAUGAUGCCAGUUGGGACAUUGUGAAGACAUUGACAAUAUCAUCAUGAUCAGCUUUCAAUAAAAAUAAGGAGAUGAUGGUUCUGCUCAAUAAUUAUUUUGUAUUAGUAUUUAUAACAGACCAAGUCAGUGUGCCAGGCAUUGCAAGGAAACUAACAUUGACUUAAUGACAGGGACUCACCAAAAUUAACAGAAAAAUAACUGUAAUGAAGAAAAUGGCAAUAAGGAAUGACAAAUCCUUAGGACUGGAUUUGUGUCCCAAUGUUUUAAAGAACAUUGUUAUGUGAGAAAAUCACAGCUGCACUCUUGCAAAGUUCUCUCAAUUUGGAAACUGUUCCUUUAGAAUGAAUAAUUGGGUACAUCAUACCACUAUUUAAGAAAUGUAACAGAGAGAACUAUAGUGCUAUAGCCCAGUUACCCUAACAUGUGUAGGCAGUAAAGGAGAGAGUGACUAAGUAACUUGAUUUUUGUCAACUGCUGAACAAGAUUUAGCUCGGAUUUGAAUAGGGUAAGUCAAGUAGAACAGAUCGGAAUUAACGUGGUCAGGAAAAACCAAACUAGUGGGCAGUGGAGUAUUAUCAGCAAAUUCAGAUGUGUGGCUUUCCAUCCCAUCAUCUAAACUGUUAAUUACUGUCGGGAUUAGUCGAUGCCUCAAAGCAAAUCCUGUAGGUCACUACUUAGUGACAUGCUGUGAAUUAGAUUACCAAUUUAUUUUCCCCAUUCUGUCUCCUGUUAUUCAGUCAAUCUGAAAAUCAGAUUAAUAAUUUAUCCUCCGUUCCAUGAGCUCCACUUUAGCUGGUGACAUUGAAAAGGCUUCAGUUCUUCUCUAAAGUGCUAUGGUGAAGAAAGGAACUUGAUGCAAACAUCAUGGCCCAUAAUAUGAUGCCAAAAUAAUGGUAACAAAAUCCAAAAGUCAUCAAAAAUGUCUUUGUGAAAAUGGUAUCUUGCUAUCUGGCCUACAACUGACUUAUAUGAAAUUGUGUGAAUUUGUGCGGUGUAUACAAAAUAAAUUCACCACAUAAAGUUAAGUCUUGCUUGUUUCAGACUAAGUGCCCUUUGAAGGACGUCAUAAGUUUUAACUACUGUAGCUUACGCUAUCAUUGUCUUGCAGUGAAUAUUAGCUGUUACAAAUAUGAAGUC